CGGUUGCUUAAUCAUACCAACAAAAGACUUGUACUUAUUAUCUGAAAUCAAAAAAUAACAAAAAUACAAGGCAAAUUUCUCGUGCUAAUUCACAUUUCUUUCUGGGUUUUUCUCUUAAACAACUUUGAAGAGCAAAAGAAGAAGAAGAAGAAGAAGGAGGAGGUCUUGUUGGACAUAGUGAGGAGUUGGACUUUAAUCAGAUCACAAAGAAUGUCUUCUCCAGCAGAAUACUAUAAUUCACUCCCACCUAUUACCAAAGCUUAUGGGACCAUCUGUUUGGCGGCUACUACUCUAUCUCAGUUGGGACUGCUUAGCCCUGCAUUUAUUGCUCUAAUUUAUCCUGAAGUUUGGCGGCUUCAGGUGUGGAGACUGGUGACAAAUUUCUUUUAUCUUGGGCAUUUUUCUAUUAAUUUUGGGAUUCGUCUCCUAAUGAUAGCAAGAUAUGGGGUCCAGCUAGAGCAAGGUCCAUAUGCACGGCGUACUGCAGAUUUUCUUUGGAUGAUGAUAUUAGGCUCCUUGUCAUUACUGGUAUUAUCCGUCAUUCCCCCAUUCUGGAAUCCUUUUCUUGGAAUUUCUCUGGUAUACAUGCUUCUCUAUGUAUGGAGCAGAGAAUUUCCAAAUGCUCAAAUCAGCCUCUACGGUCUUGUGACUCUCAAGGCAUUUUAUCUUCCGUGGGCAAUGCUCGGUAUGGAUGUUAUCUUUGGUGCGCCGCUCAUGCCCGAUCUGCUGGGUAUCAUAGCAGGGCAUGUGUAUUAUUUCUUAACAGUUCUGCAUCCACUUGCCAGCGGCAAAAACUAUCUGAAGACUCCAAACUGGGUGCACAAUAUCGUGAGACGGUGGAGCAUCGGUCAUCAAGCAUAUGGCAAUACCGGCCAACCUACUCAGCCACGUGAAAGAACAGCUGGUACAGCUUUCAGAGGAAGAAGUCAUCGGCUGAUCGAUUAAAUGCACCAUCCAAUUCUCCAUUAUCAGAAUGUCCUUAGCUAUCUCAAUGUUUUCUCGCAAAGACAAUGGAAGAAGAAAAACCAUGAAGAAAAAUGAUUGGAACUGCUUUCUUGGAGAUAGGGUUGCUGAAAUCAGAAACUAAUACUAGAUGAUUUUUUUGUUGUUAAACUCUUUAAACUCUUGAAAUCAGAAAACUACUAACUAGCUCACCCAAGCUUGUUCAGUUGUUACAUUAUAUCUCCCAAAUCUUCAAAGAGUUCAAGAAUUUUUUUAACAUC